CAGAGCUCGCGCUGCUCUGACCGGAGAGCACACAGGUUACACUGGACAAGUUUUAUAUUCAAAGCCGCAGGAAAGUUUCUCUGACCGUCGGACUGGACUGACCAGAGCGAGCGAGAGAGAGAGAGGGCAGCGCGAGAGAGAGCGAGAGAGAGGGCAGCGAGAGAGAGAGAGAGAGAGAGAGAGAGAGAGAGAGAGAGAGAGAGAGAGAGAGAGAGGUCAGCGCGCGCGAGAGAGAGAGGAGCGCUGCUGGACACGCGGACCCUGAAAGAGUUCCAGCCCAGUGUGGAGAGGAAACGAGACAAAACCUCCAUCAAUCAAGGUGUCCUGGAGCCGGACAGGUCACUCCAAGCCUGGCUCCAAGGAACCAGAUACAGCUAUUGGAAAGCAAACAGCCAAAAACUUUGUGUUUCUAUGCCAAGAUGACCUUCUCAGAGAGGAGGAAGUUCUGUCAGAGUUAGAAGACGUUGUGGAAGGGGGGAAAAAAGGCAUAUUCAGAGUUAACUGGAACUUUCUAUUUCUGCUGCUCUGUGGCGUGGGGAACAUCUCAUUUGGGACGGCUUUUUGGAAGGAAGCAAAAGGAUUUCCCCAUGCCCUGCCCAUUUAUUCCAGUGGCUGUAUAAAUACUGUAUGGAGAUAUCAAUUUAUUCUCCUUCCAGAAGUGUUCAAAUUGGAGAGUAAAACUGUACGACAUGGAUGUCGGUCAUACUUACUUACUCACUCAGUUAGAUGUAGGUCACGUAUUUGUGUGACCAAAAGCUGGUCUUUGCUAAAAAACUGACAGAGAGGGUAACCUAGUAGUCCUACAUACCUUACUUCAUAGUAGUUACUGGAUUAUAAAUCUUAAGUCCUGAGUUAAAUUCUUACUCAGGACGUCCUGUCUAGCUGUGGAGCAAGACUGACUCGCAUUUGGAUGCCUUUUUCCCCUGGGACUGUCCACGAUGAAGCCACUAACACCCAUUGGGUCGCCCUCGCCCCUGCGGCUUCUCAACAAGGGUCCGGACUAUCUACGCCGACAGAUGGACAGCGGGAGCCGUGGUGGUCACUCCAUCAGUGCUGUGGAGCGUCUGGAGGCUGACAAGGCCAAAUACGUGAAGAGCCAGCAAGUGAUCAACACCAAGCAGGAGCCUGCACUGGUACCCUGUGGAACACCACCACCACAGCCCCGCCGUAACUUAACCACGCCAGUGACCUCCACUCCUGUUCUGCCGCGGCGGCCGCUGGUCAGCGCAGUUCCUACUCCACCCAGGGUUCCAGCGCCCUCAGCCCGUGAUGACAACGAGGAUGAUUCUAGGAAGGAGAACCUGCGAGACAUGGAGAUGCAGAAUGGCAACACCAUCCGGCUCCCUCCUCUGGCCCCCAGGAGCCCCAUCAGGACCCCUCUUGUGGCUCCCCACAGUGCACCGGUGCUGCGGAGGAGCACAGGCAAGCGCAUGCUACGACCGGACUCUCUUGUCAUCUACAGACAGAAAAAAGAGUGUAAGAGUCCCAGCAAUGGUGGAACUGGUGGAACUGUGACCUCAGAGGUGAAGGGAUAUAGCUUUGUCCGGCGCCUUUUCCAGGGGUCAAUGCGUGAAAAGAGCACAAAAAUGACAAUCAGCGAGGAAAAGGGUUCGUCCCGGGAUGGUGACUCACGCAUGUCAUGGUCCAAUGAUCGGGAUAUUUCUGACGGUGGGACAGAAACCAGGAGGUCUAGCAGGACAGCAGAAUCUAACAGUGGCAACAGUGGAUUCCUAGAGCCCUUAAAUCCAACAAUAAGUGCCCUACGUGAUGUCCCAGACAAUGGAAACGGGAAUAGUAGGGACCCUUGGCUUCGGGCAAGCCUACGGCGCUCCGAAUCAGAUCUUCACCUUCGUGUCUCAGUGGCUCUAUCUGAGCAGGAACGCUUCUUUGACUUCUGUGGCCUGGACCGGGACAUGGUGGACCAUCUAGGGCCUGAGAACUUUUUGUCAGGAGGCAGUUCAGCUGACACGCUCUCGCUGGCUCUCCGCAGCGUAGGGGGUGGCUCUGAGCCCAGCGAGUUCUCCCGCCACUCAGGGGACGGGCUGGUCCAGGAAGAGGUUGCUGAGCAGGCGCCCUCGGGUGUGUCCAUCAUCGAGAGGAACGCUCGUGUGAUCAAGUGGCUCUACGGCUGCAAGAACGCAGCGCGGGAAGCACCUAAAGGUCCAAAAGAGUCGACCGUGUAGCCACAGACAAGAUGGAUCUCAGACUCCUGUUUAAGGACUAAAUGCAUGACGCAGGGUUGUCAUACUUCUGAGAAGCUAAUAUGCUGUAUUUAUUUUAUUUUGGAAAUUUCUAUUUGUGAGAGAUUUGUUCAGCAAUUACGGGUCCUUAAUGUAGUAGUUUGGCCAACAGUUAAAUUACACAUUUUCCUUCCUUAAAAGGGGCAUUCCGGCCUAAAAUUUGGUUAUUUGUUGUCCAGGGCAGCAUGCUCUGUUGUAGCCCUCAUACUCAUUGGUGUGACAGCAUUUAUCAUUUUUAGGUUUUCAUUCAUCUCUCACUACAAUAAACCAUUGAGUAUCCCUGUGGUGUCAGCCAUACUAGCAUUACUCUCUUAACUCAGUCAUUGAACAAAGCCGUGUCGAACGGUAUCCACCCCAAAACUUCCUGCCACCUUCAAGAUACAUCAUCAGAUGUUUUUUUUUCUAGUCUUUAAAUCGAAAAAUCUCAGUUUAGAAACUGUGGUACCACUAUACGAGGAAAGUAGACAUGUUUACAACAGAUGUAAUAUGGAUUAUAUUUUUUCUUUUGGCUGGAGUGUCUCUUUAAUUCUUUUUAACUUAACCAAGACGUGUUUAGUGACUGAAGUCCUUCUAUAGUUUGCACUGGAGCUGAGGCUCAUGUAGCUAACAAGUAGUAGCAACUCACCACUUAGCAUCAGGCAAAUUGUAUACUUAAACACUCAAACGCUUAACUUAAACCACAUUGAGUUGUUAAGUAGUCUCAAAAAGAUUUUCUUAUCUGGUUUCUGACCCUGUAUGACACACAAAAUGGACUGUGUUUCAAAUAGUUAAAAUAUUUCUCUGUUCUUUUGUCCAGUAUACUUGCUAGCUGCAUUAGCCCCGUAGCCCCAAGGUAAAAUGAAAGAAGCAAACUCAAGUCACCAAACAUGUUUUGGCUGAUAGACUCCAUUUAGGGUAAGAGGGAAAACUGUGUAAAUGUCAUUUUUCACAGAACUACUCCUUAAACAGGAUGAUAAAUGACAGAUACUUUUUCAUAUUUGUGCAGUGAGCUGUUUUCCCUGUCAAGACGAGGCUGUCAUUUAGCAAUUCCCCUCUCUGUAACUUGGUCAUCUCUUUAAAUAAGAAACAUACAAGUACUGAUUUUUUUGUUGUUGUCGGAAAACCACAAUGCUGUUUGCUCAGUAGAUGGAUAAUGAAUGAUGGAAAACUACUAAGCUUUUUUCUUCCUGGACGGUGUGAGUGUGAAGUGAACCGUGUGUACCUCCUUUCCUUCCCCAACUGGCCCAGUUUGUGUGGUGCUGUUUUUUCCCCCAUUAAGCGCAGGCGUUGGAACAAAUAGGCAAACCCCUGCUCGGCAGGCCUGCUAAAGCACUGAUGCACUGAACUGGAGAGAGAGAAACAGCGAUCUUAACCUAUGCAAAGUGAGAUUUCAUUGGUGUAGCUUAUCAUACAUCUUUUGCCAAAGAAAUAGCCAUUACCCAAUAAAAAACUGGUCGAAAAAAGGUGAAAGCCUGAUUUACAGUGUUCCCUUUACUCUAAAUGUAGUCAUUCAGCUGGGUCGAGUUGCUAAGUAAGCUCAAAAUGACUUUCUCAUGUAGUUUCAGACACUGUUAUCUGACAGAAGUAUGCUAAACAGCAGCUAGCAUUAAUGCAUCGCUAAAAACAGUAGCCAGAGCAAUUUUGAAGCCUGAAUUUUUGCACAUUUGUCCAGAAACCACAUUAGCCAAUCUUUUUGACAUUAUUCAAGAAGUAUAUGUGGUUUAAGACCAGUGUGGUAAUUCAGACAUGCAUUUAGCAUGAUGUUAAUUGCUGGAUAAGCUUCCUUUACUUAGCUACAUUAGCCUUGUAGCUCCAGUACAAAAGGAAAGAGGCAAAUGUAAUAUCUUGGCUUGUCUUUAGGGUAAAGGGAAAAACUAUAUUUAUUUUUCUUUUGCUCUUUUUGUUGAAUCAUUCAUAGAGACUUGAUAAUGUGAAUAAUUCCCCAUUUUUUUCCUGCUAUUUUGUUGAGUUUUAUUGAGCGCCACAUCUCAGACACACCAAACAUCACUUUUAUUGCCAUUUGCUGUACAUCUUAGAAGUAAAAUUAUGUUCAAAAGCAUGGAAUGUGUUUUAACAAGAAAAAAAAAACUUACAGUGAACAAGUAUGCAAUCCUAUUUUUGAUCACCUAAAUGGACAAGUCGCUGUUUACAACAGGGCUGACCAUCUGACCACUCCUACAAUACUGAGGACACUGACAUGUAUGAGUUCCCAAGCAAAUUCCUCAUAGUCAGAAACAAGAGAAAGACACAGCCUCCCCUUGACCUGCCACUGUGUCCAUCAGUCACUGAUUCCUCUCUUUCACAAUGAAGGCCCGUCCUGCCGGUCAGAGGGCUGGGGUUAUUUUUUUAGAAACGACACUGAAAAAUUAAGCUGAGGCCUGCUGUGGAAUCCCGAGGUCACUGGGGUGAGCGUAGAGGGAGCUGGUUAAGGCUUGCAAUAGUGCUGGAGACAAGAUUCUUUCAUAAACAUGGACAUUUCCCUGCAGCAUGACACCCAAAUCUCCAAAUCUUUAAAAAAUCUCCAAAAAUCCUUCCUGCUAGCGCUCAAGAAGUUCCCGAGCAUCUCUCUCUCCUGCAUGUUUACAGAACAAAAGUUCACACGUUUGCUACAUGGAAGAGAUUUAGAUUCUAUGUCCAAAGACAAAUGUGUAUAAAAUCACACAGAAAGUAAAAAUAAAACUAUUCUUUAAUUACA